UCUGCAUGCAGAAAAGAGAACAGAGAAAGAAGUUCAGAGCCUAAUCUAACUUAGUUAGAGUUAGAAUUGCUUUGAGAAGUUUUUGACAUGGUUUCAAAAGAUAACGAUGUCAGCCCUCGGUGACGAUGAUCUUUCAAAAUCACUUUGUUUAGCAGUUUGUGAAACAGUCCAAUAAUGAACAGUUUAAAUUGUAUUCCAAUAUUCUAUUUAUAGUUACUUUUGCUUUUAGACCUAUUUUUUCCCGAAUUUUUGAUAAUAAUUAAUAACUUAAACAGGCUAAAGCUGAAAUGGAGUUAGAUAGUAGAGCCUCGGCAAGCAAAUCGGACGUUCCACAAUUUGAGGAUAGCCCCUUGAGCACCCAAGGAAUUUUGGUCAAAUCGAGUAUCAAAUCUGGAUCCGAAACUGGAAACAUCAAAACGAGCAAUCCUGUUUGUGAGAAACAAGCGGCGUCAUCGUCAAGGAGAGUCGACCUGAAAGCGUGGGCGUCGAUUGUUCUUCUGACCUUGAUGUUGGUUCCCGCGAUGUCCCCUACGUACGGACUGAGUUUGAUCAUUGAUGACAUGCGUGAACACUUCGACACUUCGACCACUGCCAUUGGCUGGAUCAUUUCAGCCGCCUGGUUCCUGACUUCGUCAUUUACAGUUAUCAGUGGGGUUUUCGUGACGCCUGAAAAUAGCUUCACUUUCAUCAAGCUUGGUCAGUUCGUGUGCAUAGUGAGUCUCUACUUGGCCUCAAAGUGCACCAGUUUAGUGACCAUGUUCUGCGCUCUGGGCAUCGGCUACGGGGUCGGCUGCAACUUCGUCUACUACGCCGUCUCAAUUCAAGGCCAAAACUACUUCCCCCUCAAGAGUCAGAUGAGCCAGUGUAAGGCAGCCAGUGCCUUCACUCAGAUAGCCCUGCCAGUGGGUCAGGUCAUCUCAGGGGUCGCCUUCACCUACUUCAAGAACAGUGGCAACAACUCUUCUUCUUCUUCUGGCUGGCAAGAUGCGAUCCAGUUCUCAGCCAUACUUCUGUUUGUAGUCGGAUAUAUAUGUCUGGCGAUUGUGGAACAGCUGGCCAAGUCUUUCAACAAGAAUCAGUCGGAGUCUAAGAAGAACGCAAAGAGCAACCAACUGCAGCGAUCGACGCGGAUGAAGCUGAUGAGCAACUUCAAGCGCCAGUUCUCCACCCAGACCCUCAAACUGCCCGCCUUCUACUGGCUCAAUCUGGACCUCUUCCUCUUCUGGGCUUCGAACUUAGUGGGAUUGAUGUUUCUGCCCACUGAGAUGAAGGCUAACGGAUACGCACACUUGCAGAUCCCCAUUCUCACACUACAGGGCGUGUCAGGCGCAGUUGGCCGACUGUGUCUGUCAGCCGCACCCUUCCUCUGGCCCCCCAAACUGGGAUCUGUCAAGUUUUUCCGCCUGUUCCCCUCCAAGGGGGCUAUUCUGGCAGUCUGCUUCCUGAGCUCGUUCGCUCUUGGCUCCCCCUACUCGUACUAUGUAUUGACAGUGGGGGUGGGAGUGUCUAGUGCAAUUGCAGGAGCUCCUCUACUAAAUGUGUCACAGGAAGUGUUGGGGCGGAAGAUGAAUGCGUUCACAUGGACUCUGCUUUCAGUGGGUUCGGGGGGUAUGUUCGGUCCCAUUCUGGGGGGAGUGGUGUUUGACCUAAGUGGGAGCUACAGAUUGGCCUUCGAGAUCGCCUCCACUCUUGCCUGUGUCUCUGCCACUCUGUCAGUGCUGGCUGCCAUUUCGAGACACUCGAAAGAGAGAAAGCGCAGCAUGCACGAGGAGAGGAUGAAGCGACACAUGAGUCACAAACACGUGCCCCUGGAGACCCUCGCCCCCACCCUCUACAUCAAGAGGUCCCCCAACUCAUACUUCGUGUUCGAGAAACACGGCGACAAGUACCAAUACAGUCGAAUAAUCGACAAGUUUGAUUCCACUAUGAAACGAAAUGUGACAGAUGUAGAUGAAUUAUUCCACGGGAAGUUCGAUAUAACGAACGCCUACCUGCCCUACGAGUUAGAAGACGACCCUAUGGGUCCCAAUCAAUUGAGUUCGGACCCGGUCAGUUCGGCGAACAAUUCGAACGACUCUACUCGCGGAGGUGAAUCGAAAGCCUCGUCAGACAACGAAAAGGCAGACAACAUCGGAGGGAGUCAUCAGAUAAUUUUCCAAAUCUAAUAAUCAAAGAGUCAUUACUACUAAAUUUUGUUAUU